AUGUCAAAUGAUAAUGAUCGUCUUCGUGAAUUUAUAUCAUCACCAAUUGAUUUAGAAAAAUUUUUAGAUGAUACAACAAAUCUAAAAAGACGUAUAUCAACAUUUACAUCUUCAUAUCCAAUUGAUGAAAAUAAUCUUGAUCCAUUAAUUAAUUUAGCUAAAUCUUUAAGUGAUUAUCAUCAUCAUGAACAACAAGAUGAUUCAACACGAAUAGAAAAUGAAAUUGAACAAGAAGAAGAUGAAGAACAAUAUGGUCAUGAUGAAGAUGAUGAUGAAGAUACAACAUCAAGUACUUGGCGUACAAGACGAAAAAAGAAAAAACUUGAUCCAAUUAUUUUAAAUAAUCUUAAAUCAUAUCCAGCUUGUAUUGAAUAUUUAUAUAAAGAAUUUAGUCAAUCACGUCCACAUGCAUCACAUGAUACAGCAUUUUUAAAAAAUAUUCGUGAAUCAAAUCAAGCACAAUCAAAUAUAAAUGAUGAUAGACUUAUAUUAAAUUUACAAAUAUUUUUUCCUAUUGAAUCACGUGAUCGUUAUCGUCAUCAAUUAAUGAAUGAACUUAUUUGUUUAUCAACAUUAACAUUAACACAAAUACGUGAUUCUAUUGAAUGUGUUAGUGAUGAACAAAUUCUUGGUGAAUAUUCCGAUAAUCCCGAUAGUAUACAAACAAAUGGACAACGUGCUGGUGAUGUAAAUACGGCAGCUUGUUUUAUAAUUGAAUCAAUUAUAUAUGAUGAUUUACGUCGAACAAAUAUACGUUUAAGUGAAAAAAUUAUUGAACAAACAAAUACAAAUUAUAUACAAGGUAAUACAAUGGAAAUGACAAAUUUAAAUGAUCUUAAAAUGAUUCAACUUGGAAAACCAUAUAUUUAUUUACAUCAAACAAAUUGUGAACAUGUUAUUGUAUUUAGUGAAUUAAAAUUACUUGAACAAGAUCAAUGUCAUGAUUCAAAUCUCUAUCCAUUAUGUCGAAUGAAAUAUCAUGGAAGAUUUUCAUAUUGUUUUCUAUGUAAUGUUUUUUAUGCUAAAUGGCUUAUUCGAGAUUCACCUUUAAUACCUGAUGAUCCGUGUUUAUUAUGUGAAAGAUGUUUUAAAGCAUGUCAUUAUGAUAAAGAUGGACAUAAAGUUGGCAAUUUUCUUGCAUAUCAUUUUCCACAAUUAUUUUAUAUUUUGGUAAUUAAUGAAUAUUUAUUGAAAAAAGAAAAAUAUUUAUUAUAUAUUAAAAAAGUCAUGAUGAACAGAUCAAAAAGUGAAAUAAUCAACGACAGUCAUAAUACCAAAACAGAAGCUUUUGAUUCUCAAUCAAUGACUGAUGAUGAAAAUUAUGCACAAAAACGAAAAUCUCGUCGUAUUCAAACUCUUAUGAAACUUUCUGUUCAAGAACCUAUUAAUGAUAAAAAACCAGAACAAAUUAAUAACAUAAGAAAUAUAAGACAAAAUUCAACGACUUCAUUAUUUGAUAAAAGACCUUUUCCAUUUGGACGCUGUCGGGUUUGUAUGGAUAAAGCAACAGGUGCACAUUAUGGAGUACCGACAUGCGAAGGAUGCAAAGGCUUUUUCAAACGAAGUAUUUUACGAAAAGAAAAAUAUCGAUGUUAUUUUGGUGAUGGAUGUAUAAUUACUGCUGAUAAUCGUAAUCGUUGUAAAUCAUGUCGUUUUCAAAAAUGUCUAACAGAAGGAAUGUCUAUUGACGGUGUUCGUAUGGGUCGUAUUCCAAAAUUGGUUAAAGAAAAAGCUCUAGCUGAACAUCAUUUAUCUUCGUCAAGUAUAGAAAAUGAUGAUCCAAGUCCAUCAAUAUCAUCUACAUCACCAUCAUGUAUAUCAUCAAUAAAUUCAAAAUCAAAUAAUUUAAUGUCAACAGAUAUGAAUCUUGAAUUAAUUGAUGAACCAUUUCUAUUAAAUAAUUUUGAAUCAGUAUCUAUUAAUACUCCUUCAACAACAUUACCAUUAUAUAAUAAUUAUAUGUUACCAGAAAAUUUUACUAUAGAUGAAACAAAAUAUAAUUAUUUAGAAAAUCUAUCAAUAUUAAAUCGUUCAGUUCUAACAAAUUGUACAGUAAAUUGUGAAGAACAUUUUUCAAAUAAUAUUCUUGAACGUAUUAAAAAAUUUGUAACAAAAUUAACUUGUCCAAUGACAUAUACAGUAUCUGAUUAUGAUGAAGCAUCAUUUAUUCGAUAUCUAAGAACAAAAAUGCUUGAUUUAUAUAAUACAUAUGAUAGUUGUACAACACAAUUAGUGGAAAGAAUGGAUAGUAUGAUUAAUCAUCAAAUUACUGAAUUUCAUGAUAAUCAUUCGUCUUUACACGAUAUAUGGGCAGGAUUGACAGAUGCUAUUCCAUUUCAUGUGAAAAAUCUCAUUUCAUUUUCUCGCGAGAUGCCAGCUAUUAAUGAAAUCGAUUUCGAUGAUUUUCAUAAGAUAAUGAAUAAUCGUUUAUUUGAUUUUUGGCUAAUUAAACAUGCACCAUUAAUACGUAAUAAUGAAUCAUAUAUAAUAUUACCAAAUGGUCUUCAAUAUACUCGUCAAUGGAUGAAUAGAAUAAUAGGUGAAGAAAUUGUUGAAGCAAUGUUUGAACUUGCAAGAAAAUAUAAUGAAUUAAAUUUAACACAAGAAGAAUAUGCAUUAAUAUUUCCUGUUAUUAUUUGUGCUGAAGAUACAACUCUCAAUGAUCAAGAAACUGUACAUCAAAUACGAUGUUGUUAUUUAUAUGCAUUAUAUACACAAAUGUUAACAACACGUACACAAUUUGAAGCUAAAACAGUAUUUCAUAAUCUUUUACAGAUUUUAUCCUUUUUACCAUUUUUAAAUCAAUUACAAGAGAAAAAAACUGUUUCAAUUAUUCCAGAAAAUGUGGAAUCCGAAUCAUAA